AUGCCGCACCACAUAUCCUCCCCGCGCCCUCUUCUUCCGCGCAAGAUUCUCCAGCGGCGCCCCGCGGUGGUCGCCUGCGCCGCCGUCGCCGUGCUCGCGGCGGCCGCGAUUCUGCUGCUAGCCGCGCCGACCACCGAGGCCCCCAGCCGCGCCUUACUGGCGGGUGGUUCCCUACCCUCGAGGCCUCGUGAGGAGCCGCAUGCGGAGCGCUUCGCGGAGAGUUCCUCGCUGACGCCAGCCGAAGCGCCGCCUCCUUCCCUCAAGAGUAGUUUUCCGUCUAAGAUUGCACCAGUCCCUUCCAUGUUUUCGGCACCAGAACCUGAGCAUCUAGAUACAAAGAGUAGUUUUCCAUCUAAGAUUGCACCAGUCCCUUCAAUGUUUUCAGCACCAGAACCUGAGCAUCUAGAAACAAAGAGUAGUUUUCCAUCUAAGAUUGCACCAGUCCCUUCCAUGUUUUCAGCACCAGAACCUGAGCAUCUAGAAACAAAGGCUAAUUUUUCAACUAGGAUUACACCAUCCCCCUCCAUGUUUUUUGAACCAGCAUCUUCGCCGGUGGAGAGUUUUGAUGAUAGAUCAAUGGAGGAACCUGAGCAUCCAGAUAUAAAGGAAAAUUCACCAAAGGAAUCUGCCCCUUUUCUCCAGGAGCCUAUUGAUUCUACAAGCAGCUCGGAUGUCAGCUCAGAUAGAGUGCUGCCUCCAGACCCAGAGCAGAUACCACUUUGGUCAACUGCAGCAGAUGAAGAUCUUAUAUAUGCAAAGAAAGAGAUUGCCAAUGCACCAUUGGUAUCUGGUCACCCUGACUUGUAUGCGCCUUUAUUCCGAAAUGUGUCUAUCUUUAAGAGGAGUUAUGAGCUGAUGGAAGGACUUCUUAAGGUUUACAUAUACCAUGAUGGAGCAAAGCCCAUUUUUCAUUCUCCAUAUUUGAAAGGCAUUUAUGCAUCGGAGGGAUGGUUUAUGAAAUUAAUUGAGGGGGAUCAGAGUUUUGUUGUGAGAGAUCCAAACAGAGCUCAUCUGUUCUAUUUGCCAUAUAGUUCUCGUCAGCUGGAGCAUAAUCUUUAUGUGCCCGGAUCAAACACGCUUGAACCGCUCUCUAUAUAUGUGAAGAAUUACAUAGAUAUGAUCUCUGCCAAGUUUCCGUACUGGAAUAGGACGAAAGGCACCGAUCAUUUCUUUGUUGCUUGCCAUGACUGGGGACCUUACACGACAAAACUACAUGACGAGUUGCGGAAGAAUGCCAUCAAAGCUCUCUGCAAUGCAGACCUCUCGGAAGGAGUUUUCAUCCGUGGAAGAGAUGUGUCCCUUCCCGAAACAUUCGUUAGAUCUCCAAGGAAACCUCUAGGAGGCAUUGGUGGGAAACCAGCCUCAAAGAGGUCCAUCCUCGCGUUCUUCGCAGGGCAGAUGCACGGCCGAGUACGGCCCAUUCUUCUCCGACACUGGGGAGGCAAGGACGACGCAGACAUGAGAAUAUACAGCCGGCUGCCACGCCGGAUCACCAGGAGGAUGAACUACGUCCAGCACAUGAAGUCGACCAAGUACUGCAUCUGUCCGAUGGGGUACGAGGUGAACAGCCCUCGGAUCGUCGAGGCGAUCUACUACGAGUGUGUACCGGUGAUCAUCGCCGACAACUUCGUGCUACCCUUCGACGAUGUGCUCGACUGGAGCGCCUUCUCUGUGGUGGUGCCGGAGAGAGACGUGCCGAGACUGAAGGAGAUCCUGCUGGAGAUUCCGGAGAGCCGGUAUGUGGCCAUGCAGUCCAACGUGAGGAAGGUGCAGAGGCACUUUCUGUGGCAUCCGAAGCCUGUGAAGUAUGAUAUUUUCCACAUGAUACUGCACUCGGUUUGGUUUAGCAGGGUAAAUCAAGUGCUCCAAGUACAGUAGCAGUGUAGAGCUAGUUAGUCGUCCACGUUUUUGUAAGGUGUUGUUAGUCUGAAGGCAGCAGGA